CGAUUCUGUCGGUGAUUGGAGGAUUCUCGGGAUCCGUCACUCGGAGACACCGCCCCUCCCGUUUCUUCCCUGCUGCCAGCGACCGACCAAAGGCGAGCGUUUGCGGGCUGCUGGGCCGGCGGUUGGGAUUCCAGAUGAAAAUGUUUGAGAGCAUUGACUGUACAGCCACAAGAUCUGGCCGGGAUCUCUGGGCUGAAAUCUGUUCCUGUCUGCCAAAUCCUGCCCAAGAGGAUGGUGCCAGCAAUGCUUUCUCAGACUCCUUUGUGGAUUCUUAUCCUGCAGGCGAAGGCCAGAGGGAGGCAGCAGACCCUGCUGUCCAGCCGUCUCUGCAGCCUUGGGCGCCCUUGCAGGAUUCAGAAGUGUAUUUAGCAUCUCUAGAAAAGAAACUGAGAAGAAUCAAAGGUUUAAAUCAGGAAGUCACCUCCAAGGACAUGCUUCGAACCCUGGCCCAGGCCAAGAAGGAAUGCUGGGAUCGCUUCCUCCAGGAGAAGUUAGCGUCAGAGUUCUUUGUGGAUGGACUCGAUUCCGAUGAGAGCACCUUGGAACAUUUCAAGAGAUGGCUCCAGCCAGAUAAAGUAGCCAUCAGCACAGAGGAGGUCCAGUAUCUGAUUCCUCCCGAGUCACAGGUUGAGAAGCCAGAGGCCGGGGACGAGCUGGCAGCAGCGGAACAGUAAAUUACACGCACACACGCGGAGCAGCUGUCUCAGGCUCACAGGGAACAAUGGUGAGCUCAGCUUCUGCAUCGAGGAGAAUCUAGGGAGGGAAAAAGCCCAAACUUCUCUCCACAGAGCAAACAGCUGCAGGCCCCUGAGGACAUGCUUGGGGCUGGCAUGUGUGAGUGUGACUGUCUUGGAUGCGGUCCCUGACCCAGUGUGUGCUGGAUCUAAGUACAGGUUUCCUGUGUGCCACACAGCUUGACUGAGCACUGAUGCUGCAAGUUGGACGUCUGCUAAGAGCCUAGUGAAGAACCAAGUGUGAAAGUACUUGGAGAAACCGCUGCCCUUGUGUAUAACGUAGGAGUGAGCUGGAUAAUCUCUUGGCUCUUCUGGGUGUUCCCUGUCUGUGUCCCAAGCACUCCCUCAGGAAAUUGUUUGGGGUGAGUUGGGGUAAGGAGAAUGAAGUCUGCCUCUUUGAAUCCAAGGCUGCCUGGGGCUUCUAUAAUAAGUCCAUAGUAAAUGUAGUGACUGGGCUUUUCCUUUGAUUGUUCCUUGUGGGGAAAGUGGGCAAAAGACAUAUGAAAAUGUGAAAGUUGUAGUGUGUCUUUUUUAUUUCAUGCAUGGUUUCUCCUCCAACCUUCUCCUGCACUUAAAAAGGGCCAGGUUCUAAAUUAGAAUUGUAAAUAUGGUGUUAAUGUUUGAUACCAUCCCUGAAUAGUUCCAAGUUUCUUCCUUGUGACAGCUUUCCUGGCUGAGCCUGAGCAUCCCUCUUGGUUUAUCAUGUUCUUAUUCAGUGUGUAUUCCUAUAAAGCGUUUCUCAUCAGAAUAGCUGUGUGUGUUGCUGUUGACCUGAUCCCUCCCGGAGAGACACUCUCAGGCAGUGGGGAGAUACAGACAAACUCAUGCCAUCCGCAGGGGAGCUGGUGACCUUCACCAGCCUCCUCGUUCUAGAAUGUGCUCUCUGGCAAUCCAAACCUUGGUCCCCUGAGGGUAGGAUUCUGAGACCGUGGCUGCAUGGAGGGUCUUCCUAGGUAAUGGGUUCUGUGAUGGUGUAGGUUGAGUGUCAACUUGGCUGGGCCAUGAUUCUCAGUGAUGUGGCAGUUAUGAUGUCGUUUCGCACCUAUGCAACGAUGUACUCACCUCCAUAAUGAGAUCUGAUACAGUGUAAUCACCUCCAUGAUGAGAUCUGCCAUGAGCAGCCAAUCAGUUGAAAGGGAAUUCCCUUGGAGGCAUGGCCUGUAUCCAAUAUAUGUGGACUUUCUGGCAAGGUUCUUGGGCUUUUGCUCACUCUGGAUUCUGCAGCGGGCUCCUCAUUGGAUCUCAGGUUCUUGGGACUUGAGCUAGCAGCUGACCUGCCCAUUUUGGGAUUCGUCAGCCUCCACAGCCUGUGAGUCAGCAGCCUGCUGUCUCACCUGCUGAUCUUGGGAUUCAGAGGCCUUUGCAGUCUGUGAGCCAGAGGCCUGCUGUCCGACCUGCCGAUCUUGGGUUCGCCAGCCCCAUCAACUACGUGAGUCUGGAGAAGCCUCCAGCCUGACCCAUGGACUUGGGACUUUCCAGCCUCUGCAACCACGUGAGCCAUUUCGUUGAUAUAAAUACCUCUCUCUCUCUCUCUAUGUAUAUACAUACAUGUUUCAUUGAUUUUGCUUUUCUAGAAAACCCAGCCUAGGACAGGUUCUAAAUCCCUAAUGAUAUACAGAUUGACUGUAAAAAUCAUCAGAGACAAUGUGUUCAUUUCUAAAUCAAGCAUUUGCUGUGUCCAAAAGGAUGGGAACCAACCAGGUGAUUCAGUAUACUCAAUGAUAUGAAGAUUUUUGUUAUAUUUUCCAGUUAUACUUUCAUCGUUUUUCAUUGACUAAUAGUGUAAGCCUGUCCUACAGGGUCGGAACGGACUUGACAGCACUCAACAACAACCACCACCUGUGCCAGAGAGAGUGGCCCUCCACAGCCCCUGAGCACUUCAAGGAAGCUAGAGCACUGGUGAUCAUCUGGCCUUGGACCCAGCGUGCGAGCUGCCAUCUCUGGGGUUCAGAUGCCCUUCCUACAGAGCCAGUCGAUGGCUUUCAACUGCGUGGAUAGAUUUCUUUAAAAAAACAAAAAAAGGCUAAGAUUUUCCUUCUCUUUAGCUGAUAAACCAACAAACAAAAAACAAAAAAAUCAUUCUCCCUCAGUAACAACAAUUUAAGAAAAAAAGCAAGGAGGUCCCAAAACACUCUCCCAAAGAGCAGCGGGCCAGAGGGUGAUAAGAGAAUAUUUCUGUACCAGAAAACAGUCUUUCUGUAGUUCAAGUAAGAUUCUACUCUUGUCUUCUCUUCUUCCCAUUUUCUACUUCAGAAAAAGAAUAUGUAGUCUGAAAAUGUGGGGAGUUUGUUUGGAGGAACUUAAAAGGAGUUGUAGGACUGAAAGGCUUUAGUGCCACAUGAAAGCCUGAGUGAGCUGUGAGAGGACGGCCCUGACCUCCAGUUACCUUCUCACCCAACUCUUUGCUAGAGACGGGCCUCCACAGAAGGGAGCCCAGUGAGUGGAAACUAUGGUUUCUUAAUUGGUUUAGAGGUGACAACUUAAGUGAUGGCUCUAAAAAAGGUGAAACUCCAUUUACCCAAAACAAAUGUUAUUAGCUCAUAGAACUAACUUAUUAAUAUAGAUUUAACUUAUACUGUUGAAGUGCCACUGAAUUUGAAACCAAGAGCCUUGGGUGCUAUGUCUUUAUCUGUCUUGUGGCUUACUGUGUGAUUAUAACUAAGUCAAAUGACCUCUUUGUGUUCCAGUUCCCUUUCAGUAACCAUAGGAAAGACGGCAUUGGUCCCAAAUUCUGAUCUGUUUCCUAUGACCCUAGAAACUCUAAGGAACUCCAGUUGGAACUUCCUGAAAUCAGUAGAAUUUGUGAGUUGAGAAAGACUUUUUAAUCACCUCUAAUGUUCUUCCUUCCUUAAGUCCUUAGUGAAACAGAAAGUUAAAGCAAGUGGAGCAAUAUUUAGUGCUGAACCUUAGAGCCAGAGAUAGGUAAUUACCAUCGGGCAAAGCAGUGAUGACAUACCCAGAGGUCAGGUUGGAGCCAGGGAGAUAAGCUAAGGGACUUGUACUGUCCUCUACCAGCACUCGUACUCAUCACCCCAGGGCUUGGCAAGACCAGUGUUGGAAUGGCACAGGCUCGCAUCCAAUACCUGCUCCAGAAAUAGGUCCUGAAUGUAGAAAUAGCAAAUAAAUAUCCCACCAGCUGUUGCCAAUGUACUUCUCUCCCAGGCAGGCCUGCCUACCAGGACUGUUGCUGGAAGAGGGGAGAUACCCUGGAGCCACUACCUGGCACUGCUUUGGAGUGAGUCCCUCAAGACUGAGAACAGCCUCAGCCACAUGAAACAGCCAGUAUGUUACUGAAAAUCCCAAACUAUCAGAACCAACUUUGGCUCUCCUUCAGUUGUAAGAUUCAAGACAGGGCACUGCCAGAGCAAUCUUAGGUUUGUAAGAAGGCUGUUUUUUGAGCCCAGAAGCAGGUUGUUUAAGGCACAGAUUUGUUCAUCUAACCAGUGUUUUUUGAGCCUCUGCAAUGCUCCAGGCACUGUGCACAGUGGUUAGUGAAGCAGUAUAAUAUCUUCCUGUGUGGAAUGAUGGACAGGGAGCCAUGGCCUCGCUGAUGGGUACUGUGUAGACGUAAGCAUAUGGGAAGGACCCCUAGGCCUGUCAGGUGGGAGUAGGCGAGAGGCAAUGCUAGGGAAGCUGGGUCCAGAACAAUGAGUAGGAGUUAGAGGGAAUAAAGGGAUAAGGGUGUGGGGAUGGAAGGAGUCCCAGAAGAGGAAAACAUGUUCAGUGGCCUAAAGGCAAAAGAAAGUUUGCUGAAUGGAAAGUCAGCAACAAAAAAACAAACCCAAUUCUGCAGAGUUGAUUCCGACUCAUAGCGACCCUGUAGGACAGGGUAGAACUGCCCCAUAGGGUUUCCAGGGAGAGCCUGGUAGAUUUGAACUGCUGACCUUUUGGUUAGCAGCCAUAGAUCUUAACCACCAUGCCACCAGCGUUUCCCUGAAUGGAAAGUAGUUCAGUAUAAAACCAAAAACCAAACCCGUUGCAAUCGAGUCAGUUCCAACUCAUAUAGCAACCUGUCUUGGAAGAAGUACAACCAGAAUGCUCCUUAGAAGCAAGGAUGGCGAGACUGCAUCUUACAUACUUUGGACAUGUUGUCAGGAGGGAUCAGUGCUUGGAGAAGGACAUCAUGCUUGGCGAAGUACAGGGUCAGCGGAAAAGAGGAAGAUCCUCAAUGAGAUGGAUUGAUACAGUGGCUGCAACAAUGAGCUCAAGCAUAGUAACGAUUGUAAGGAUGGUGCAGGACCGGACAGUGUUUCAUUCUGAUGUGCAUAGGGUCGCUAUGAGUUAGAACCGACUUGACAGCACCUGACAACAACAACAUAGCAACCUGAUAGGACAGAGUAGAACUGCCCCAUAGUUUCCAAGGAGCAGCUGGUGGAUACGAACUGUCGACCUUUUAGUUAGCAGCCAUAGCUCUUAACUGCUGUGCCAUCAGGGCUCCAAAUUUAGUAUAGCUGGAGCAUAAAGGGCAAACGAAGAGGUGGCAAGAAGUGAGGUUGGAAAUUAAUAAACAAGGCCAGGUGUCAGGGACUUUGUAUGUCAGAUUAAGGAGUUUGGAAUGUGUUGGGGGGACAACAGGGAGCCAUGAGGUCAUUUUAACAGAGGCAGUGACAGGAUCAAAUUUGCAUCUAGAAAGAUGGUAAUGGCUGCCAUGGGCUUGACAUGAUAAAGUUAGUUGGGGGAGCACAAAUACACUUGGUAAUGAUACGUCUGUAUGAAGUAAUGUAAUUGGAGGGCUUUUGGUUUAUUUUAUUUUCUAGGUUGAUUUUUUUGAAAGUAAUUUUUUCACUGUACAGAACAAAAUGGUUAUACCAAUAAAUCCCAUCCGACACGUUUGUCUUACGGUGUGAUAUGGACACUCCUCCAUUGAGAUGAUUGCUCUAUAUUCCCUCCUCUUGAAACUGGGCAAAAACUUAUAGCUGCCUCACCUUAAUAGAGCACAGCAGAAAUGAUGUAACUCCCGAGCUAGGUCAUAAAAGGUGAUACAGCUUUUACCUGGCUUUCUCUGUCUCACACACACUCUCUCUCCCCCUAUGUUCCUUGAUAAUUCUGAACCAACACAGAAGAAAUUUAAGUACCCUGAAGUCACCAUACCAGAGAAGCUUCAGAGAGAGAUACCCACAGAGUCCCAGCUCUUCCAGCCCUCACUUGUUUGGGUCUUCCCUUCCGAGACAUUAGACGUAUGAAUGAGUGAGGCUUCCAAUAAUUCCAUCUCCCAGCCUUUAAGCCACCCCAACUGACACUGAAUAGAACAGAGGUGAGAUAGCCCUGCAAAGUCCUGCAGAUUCAUGAGCCAAGUAAAUGUUGUCAUGGUUUAAGCCACUAAGUUUGGGUUGGUUUGUUACUUUGCAGUAGAGAACUAGGACGCCGUGGCAUAGGUGUCAGAUUUUAUGAAGUUAAUUUCAAGUACUUUUAUUUUGCAGUCCCCUCUAGUUUCUGACAGUUAGAGAAUUUUAAUAAUUCUGGCUACAGCACGGAGAGAGCAGCACUGACGGAGGGGAUCAGUUGUGAAAUGGUUGCAGUUGUCCAAGAAACAGAUGAUAGUGACUUGAAAACGUCUGUUUCCACUGAGGAUGUAGAAAGCUGCAAGAAAAUGUCACUUCCAGCCCAACGAUGAGAAAAAAGCCAGAUCAUCUACAAAAUAGAGCUUUUCUUGAACUCAUCAGAAAAUGGGGCACAAGGCAACCAACCAAGUAAGUUUCUCCGAGGAGGGACAGAGACACAUGAGCUGUUUCAACUUUGGCAGAGCACGAGAGAAAGAUAUGGCUGUCAUACAAACAGAGAAGAAGCUAACAAAUUAAUAAAAAUGUAAAGACUACGUAUAGACUAGCGUGUCGGCUUAGAAUAGCUGGGAGACUAUUCCAGGCUCAGGGGAGUCUGCACUCACAGCAGGCUGUUUUCCUCCCCUGGGUGUUCAUGAGAAAAAGUGGAAGCAGGGCCGAAGACAAGAGCGGGCUUCCUUUGGUGAUGCAGGCAUGCAGGAGUUGAUCAAGGCAGCUGCUAGGAGAAGACAAAAAGCCUGGCCUACUUCCCUAACCCUUUUCUCUAUGAGCAGAAGUCUUAAGCCACUGGGGGAGGGGCAACGAACCCUGGCUUCAGGGAGGCGAUAAGGAAUAGAAACAAAACUCAUCUGCUUAUGGUAGAACUCUUGCCCUUCUUGGACAGGUGAAGAUCCUUUGCUGGGGAAGAAUAGAAGCAUGAACCCUCUACCCCAGGGGGAAGAGUGGGAAACUUGGGCUGAAGAUUCAAGCAAAAAGGUCUGCUCUGUUGGUGGAGAGGCAGGAGCUCUGGCCUACUCAAAACCCAUCACAGAUACAAGGCAGAGUUUAGCUGCCAUGGAAAGGAGAGGCAGAAAUGCUAAGAGAAGGCCCGAAGCUCAGGAGCAGAGGACCUGCCUAAGACAAGUUGAUCUAGGACAACAGGGAAGCAUCCCUUUUCUAUAGACUUGAAUGAUAAGACAAAGUCUAAAACCUAACAAGGAUAAAUGUGAGAAUUGGAAAAUUAAUUGUGCAAGUGGAGAACAAGGAAGAACUAUAUAUUAGUUGAUUUGUUCUAGUGGCAGAAACCAGACUCUUAGACUACCUUAAAUCAUAAAGGGGCAUUGAUUGGGAAGGACAUAAGUGGUGCUGGCCUCAAGGUAGCUGGAUCCAAACACUAUAUCUUCAGUCCCUGCUUACUGUCACUAUAGACUCUUCUCUGUGUGUUGGUCUAGAACAGAGAUCUCUGAGCUUGCACCAGUCUAGCAACUCCAGAGGAAAGAUAGAGCUCUCCCUUCCAACUCUAAAUAGUAAAUCCAAGGGAAGGACUCUGAUUGGCCUGGCUUGGGUCGCAUGCUCAUCCUUGGACCAAUUACUAUGGCCAGGGCAAGGGGAUACUUUUAUUGUCUGGGCCUAGGUCAUGGGUCCAAACCUAUGGCUAGGGAUUCAGGGUACUGUGGUUGACAGUCCAACAGAACCACAUGAGAAUGGGAAGUGGAGGAGGGUUGCUAUUACCUGAAGAAAGUGAAACGGAAUGCUGAGAACCAAAACAACAGAUAUUCAGUGUCUUACCAGUUCAGUUGAGAGAGCAGUGUGGUGUAGCUGCCAAAAAAGUUAUAAUUUAGGAAUCAGUAGUGGAAAUAUACUUGGGGCUGUUGUUGUGUGCCAUGAGGUCAAUUUCAACUCAGCGACCCUAUAGGAAAGAGUACAACUGCCCCAUAAGGCUUCUAAGACUGUAAUCUUUACAGAAGCAGACUGCCACAUCUUUCUCCCACUGGUGCAUUUGAACCACCAACCUUCAGUUAGCAGCUGAGUACUUAACCACUGUGCCACCAGGGCUCCUUCUUGGGGCCAUAGUAGUAUAAAAAAUAAUUCUGCUUUGGCCAUAGCACUCUGAAGCAUUAUCUGGGCAUCACAUUGUAAAAGAACGUUGACAAAUCCAGGAGGAGAGGUGUGGGCUCAGGAGGCUCCGAAGACUUGAAGAAAGGUCAAGGCAACGAGGGUUUUUGGGGGAGGGGCAGGGCAGGGGGUGGGAGUAGGGAUCUGGAAAAGAGAUGUAAUAGAGACAUUAUUGGCUUUAAAAUAUUUGGAGGAUUCUUGGAUAGAAAGAUGAAACAUUAAAGUACGAAGAACAAACUAGGACCAGUGGCGGGGGUGGGUAGUUUCAGGGAGACCAUUACUAUUCAGUGUAAGGGUGUGUUAGUCAUCUGGUGCUGCUGUAACAGAAAUACCAUGAGUGGAUGGCUUUAACAAAGCGAAAUUCUCUCACAGUCUAGUAGGUUACAAGUCCAAAUUCAGGGUGUCAGCUCCAGGGGAAGGCUUUCUCUCUUUGUUGGCUCCGGAGGAAAGUCCUUGUCCUCAAUCUUCCCUUCGUCGAGGAUCUUCUCAGGCACAGGGACCCCAUGUCAAAAGACAUGCUGUGCUUCUGGUGCUACUUUCUUGGUGGUAUGAGGCCUCCAACUCUGCUUCCCUUUCCUUUUAUCUCUUGAGAGAUAAAAGGUGGUACAGGCCACACCCCAGGGAACCUCCCUUUACCUUGGAUCAGGCAGGUGACCUCAGUAAGGGUGGUGUUACAAUCCCACCCUAAUCCUCUCAACAUAAAGUUAUAAUCACGAAAUGGAGGACAACCACACAAUACUGGGAAUCAUGGCCUAACCAAGUUGAUACACACAUUUUUGGGGGGACAUAAUUCAAUCCAUGACAAAGGGGAACUUUCUAAUAGCUGUCCAAAAGUGGACAGGGCUGCCUUGUGAAAUGUGGUGAGUUCCCCAUCACUGGAGGUGUUUAGAAGGAGCCCUGGUGGCUCAGUGGUUAAGUGUUUGGCUGUUUGAACCCAUUAGUCGUUCCUUGGGAGAAAGAUGUGGCAAUCUGCUUCUGUAAAGAUUUACAGCCUUGGAAACCCCAUGGGGCAGUUCUACUCUGUCCUACAGGGUUGCUAUGAGUGGGAAUCGACUCGAUGGCAGUGGGUUUCGUUUAUGGGUGUAAGUGUUUAAGCAGGUGUCAGACUGUAGAGGGGAUUCCUGCAUUGAGUGCAAAGUUGGGUCAGGUGACCCCUGAGGUCCUUUCCAGUUAUGAAAGUCUGUGGUUGCCCACUGGAGAACUAUGGGAGCUCGUUGUCAGUAUGUCAGCCUUGGCCUCCCCAAGGUCUGAUAGAGACAGCUGGUGAGCCCUCCUUUCCUCUCCCAAAAACAUCUGAUCACCUGCCUACAAGCAGUCAGAGUUAGAGCCCUCCAACAGUUCUUAGCCCAGCCCUGUGGGACAGGCUCUUAGGCUGGGAAGACCGCAGAAAGGUGGGUGCUAUUCUGUGUUCUCUGAACACAUACCAUGAGACUUGGAGUAGGCAGUUUAUUUUAGAGGGUAAGCAGGAGUGAGGGAGCAAGGAGAAUGAGACAGGGAAGGGUGCUUUGAGUGGGUCCACUGUGGCUAAUUAGGGCUCAGUCCCUUUGGGAUCACUUCAUGGGGCUAUGAUCACAGCUCAGAAUCUCCCCACUGAGUGAUGGCCUAAUCUGGGGUGUUAAUCCACUGAUGCCCAUCCCUUAUUGGUUGAGAUUUACCCCUUGUGGGUGUUAAGCCCCUGCCACUUCCAGGCUGUCCUGCAAGGGUUGAGAAAAACCCUCAGAGAGAAGGAGAGAGGCAGGAGGCUGUCAGGGUGCCCAGGAACUGUCCACUGCAGCUGCAAUUGGACGCAGAGGUGGGCUGAAGGGAUGUGGGGUGAGGCAUCAAUAGUAUCUGCCACAGUCCCUUCCCCACCCAUUCCAGGAUCUACCCUUCAGGGACAGUGUAUGACCUUUGAUUUUCACUUUUCAGCCUCUGUGGCCCAGUGUGUGGAGUAGUUCUCAUCACUGAGCUAAUUCAUCCCAGCUUCAUCUGAGUGCCCACCCACAGCUCUUUUGGGCUCACUUCUCCCCCUGGGCCCAGCUCCCUCACUGGGCUCUCUGGGCUGAGGGCAUCAGGGCAGUGGGCUCUCCAACUGGCACCUGUCGCACUCAACACCUACAUCUGAGCUUGGAACAUGGUGACAUUAGGGGUCCUGGCUCUGUUGCCGCCUCUGCACUGUGGUCAAGGUGAGGACAGGUCAAAGCUGGAUGAGACCACGUUUCCUGUGCUGAUGGCCUGGUUGUUGGCCCCCAGUUAAAAAAUGCUAAGAAGAAUGACCAGGAAUCCAAAGACCCUGAGAGACCUCCCUCAAAGCCUGAAGACAGUUCAAGGAUGGGAAAUUGUGGUCUGGCCCACCAACUCUGCUACUUCUUCUCUGGCCUGCCUUAGUCAGAGCUCUGGACCCAUCUCUCUCUUCCUUGCUCCCUUCCUCUCCCCCUCCUGUCUGGUGCUUACUAUCCAGCCUCUCUCUCUUUCACAUUAAUUACUUUCAAGGGCUUCACCUCUCUGAUGUUCACACUCACUAGUCCCUAAAACUUGCCUCAUUUACUAUACCAUUCCUUCUCAGUGUUCUGAUACCCAGUUCACCUCCUGGGAGAGGCAAGGCUGAGACUAGAUAUUUAUGAGUUUGGGGUAAAAUGGAACCAA